AAACGGUGAUGAAGAAUAUGGAAUAUCUUUGAUUGUGGACGCGAUGAUAUGUGCUCUUGUCGAAUCAGACUGGUCGAAAGCGCGUUCCCUUAUCGCGAAUUUCAACAAAUUCAGUGUUUAAAUGUACAUAUAGAUGUUUAUGAGGCCAUUAUGGAGAGCAAAUAUGGAGAGCAAACUGAGUUUGAUUUAAUGCAGACGUGGUUGAAGAAAAGCAACGGACUGUUACAAACUCUUCGAAUAAAAUACUGUUCAGUUAAUAUGGCUUCUUACUAUAACGCCUUGUGCAAGAAUAAAAACAGCAUCGCUAAUUUAAAAAAUGAAACAGAAGAAACAAUGAUGAAAUUGAAUGUUAGUUAUGAAAUCGCUAAAGCAGUUACAUGCGACGAAGAAGAGACUCGAUUGAAACUUUGGCAACAGUAUUAGCUGGCGUAUUCUAUGAGGAAAUGGCAUGUAAACGCGGAAAUGACACAAAUAACAAAU